AUGAGAUCUGUCCAAGGGGGCAGCGACCGGGGAUUCAAAUUGUUGCUUACCUCUCUUGACGAAAACGUCAUCCCCACCGAAGACGAAGUCAGAAAAGCGGUUAUCGAGCUGAAAAAAGGCAACCCUGCCUCUGGCGUCGCCAAAGUCCACAGCUUCUUACUUGACGCAAAUCCAUCAUGGACGGUCAGCGAAAAACGCGUCCGAAAGAUCUUGCAGAGUGAAGGACUCGUCAGAUCGGACGCUGGGACGCCUAAUAGUACAAUCAACACCAUCCAUCCAUCUUUUCGCCUCAAUCAAAGCCUUGAUGUCAACAAGUGGACCAGUAGGGUGGAAGUCAAGUACUUUGACGCGAUCAAGGGCAAGGGUCUCGUCGCUAAAGAGAAUAUAGUAAAAGGGGAUGUUUUAUGGAAAGAGGAUCCCUUCAUCCUGGCCCCAGAAUGGGAGAUCUAUGAUCUCCAGCACGCAUCCGAGGCAUGCUCCCUCUGCUCGUCCAUCAUCCGCGAUCAUUCCCCGUUGCAUAUAUCCUGCGAGGCCUCCACAACCGCAACUCCCUGCACAGCGAGAUACUGCAAUAGGCUCUGUCGUCUACAGGCAGAAAAAGUGCACCCUCUCCUAUGUUCCGCGCGUAAUCCCGCGUCUGUACCACUCCUUGCCUUCACCAGAGAUGCACAAUGGAUGGCCCUGCAUGCUCUCGCGCAGUGUACCAGCCGACUUUUACUGGCUUCUCAGCAAGAUGCUGCGACGUUCGACCUGGACUGGGAUGUAGUCCAGGGCCUCGCUGAGCUUGGGAUGGAAGAACGUGCUCAGUGUCUUCGCGAGCAGGGAUUGGAGCCCGAUCGCCAAAAUUGGCGGAGAGCCUUUGAGUUGUACUUGCAAGCAUUCAAAGAGCCUCGGACACCUGGAGAACAGAAAAAACUAGCGCGCGUCUUGAAAAAGCCAAUUCCCGAAGAGCUACAGAAAUUUACUUUCGAAUAUCAGGCCUUCUUACGUGGCUUGGGCCGCAUGAGUCUCAAUCUGGAGGCCCAUGGUGGACUGUACAGACUACACUCUCACCUUAACCACGGUUGCACUCCCAACGUCUCCGUAAGGCACUUGGACCAGCGCACUGCGCUCUCGCGCAUCACAGUGAUCGCAAAAGAGGAUUUCGAAAUAGGACAAGAGCUCCUAAUCACAUACACUAACCCCCAGAGCAGUCUCAGGGAUCGACGUCGGAGAUUGUCGGAGUGGGGAUUCGGACCUUGCCGGUGUGAGCGCUGUGUUACCGAAGAGAAGGUUUGGAAGGAAUCGGAUAGCAACACCCAGGAAGCAGACGAUCUCGCAGAUCAGCUCAAAGCCGGCCUAGGAGUGUUAUAGGAUGUGUUCAUUGAAUGAUCAGCGAUUAGGAUUAAUUUCCGUUAAGCAAGUGUCCGUGGUCCCCGUGCUGUUUUGUAGGCAUGCUAACAUAAUCCCCACGAUCUGGCUCCAUUCAAGCUUCAAGAUUUGGAUCUGACGAAAUUCAUCGGGACAUAUCACCAUCAGAAUAAAUACGGUAAGCUCGUGCGGCGCAAUAUAUUUUGUCACCGGGGGUAUAUUUCAUUCAGAUCAGUGACUAUAUCCUCACGUGUGGCCUGACAGUCAAUUCAAUUCGAUCUCAUCAUUUCAGGAAACUACCGGGGUGACAUACAAAUUGCGAUUUGUGUUCUUGAGCCUAUCGGCGACAGUGAACCCAAACCUAAGUUUAAUUUUUAGCCAAGGGGUCGAUUAUCGCAAUAACGCGCCUAAUCGUGUUAUACACUCCCCCUUUUUUUAUUGGCUACAUUCACCGUGAU